AUGCCUGAGUCCUCAGUUAGUUCUAUAGAGGACUCUUACUAUGGCAUUAAAAAACCUGCAAAACUGAUUUUUAAUUUAGAGGAAAAUGCCACAACAUCACAACAGGAACAACCAUGGAAGAAAAUUGUUUUUGAAAAAGCGGAAUCACGAGCACAGGCAAUGCAACAGACGAUGAUCAAAGAGGAUAAUCUCAGGAAGGAACUAGAGCAAAAGAGCACCAAAAAACUCCUGAGGGAUGAGUUGGCCAAAGAAUGGUUUGAUAUAGAACACAUGACCCUGGAUACUCGUGCGUAUUUGCUUGACAAACUUCUCCCCACCUUAGUUCCUGGAAUGGAAAAAAUGUUAAUGCAAGUGGAAAAGAAGAAGCUUCAGAAAGAAAGUGAUAUUCCCAUCAAGUUUGAUCCGAUUAUUUAUUUGGGGGAAUACUUGAUGAGAAACAAUCCUUAUCAUGUCAAACACAGGGGAAUGUCUGCCUACCAGAGGGUAAUGAAAGAAGUCACAGAUCAAAUGAAGGUGCAUGUGCCUGAUACAGUCUGCCACAGAGUGAAUAAACUGAAGGAGAGUAUUAGAGAGAAACGGCAACAAAAAGAAAGGAUAGACGAAGCUAAAUUCAAGGUGACCAGCACACGGAAGCAGGCCCUAGAGGAACUGUUUGAAGAAUGGAUUGUAGACCCCAAUGGAAUGAUUCCUAUAUUAGUGAUUCAAAACGUUCUUCAUGACUUUUUUAAAAAUCCAGAUUUCCAGCUUGAACAACAAUACCCGAAAAUGACCAUUGAUUACUCAACGGAACAAAAAUUGAACAAAAUGGAAUUUGCAGAAUACAUCUCUUCGCAGGCAACAGACCUUGAAAGUGAAAUGUUUAAGGAACUGCUGAAGCACUUUUGUCACUAUGCAGAUGAGUUCCAGCAGGUUGUAAAAACUGACAUACAGAGGCAGAUGUUUGCUGAACUCUUUCUGUACUGUGAACAUGGGAAGGUAGGGUUUUUGAAUCGGCAGAGGACAUUGGCCUUGCUGGAAAUAUACUAUGAUGGAAGUCCAAAAAAUAUUAGAGGCUUACUCCGAAACCCAAGACAAUGGCCAUUUGUUGAAUUUGAAGAGAUAAGAUUGUCUGAGUUCUGGGGAGACAAGGAUAAUAAGAAACACAUUUAUGAAGACUUUAAUGAACUACUCUUAGACAUUCCUCAAAAACAUUAUAAAGAAAGUAAAUUUUCAGGCUACUUAGAAGAUGAGCAUAAAUAUAAUGAACUAGCACUAGGCAAGCCAGAACAGCAGGAAGAGACAAGUAUAGAACAAGAAACAUAUGGAAGUUCAAGGAACCAAAAAGAAAAUGGCAGUCAGCCUCUAGAAGAAAACCUGAAGCAAAAAUCACAAAAAAAAAUAAUUCAAGCACAGUCAGGUUCAGAAUCAGUACCAAGAGUAAAGUCAGCAGCUUUACUCAGAGAACCUCCACAGAGUUCAACAGAAAAAAGAAGAUCAAUGCCAGAACCGUUGACCUAUGGAGAAUUAGAUAAAGACAGACUUGCCAGAAAAUUAGAAACAUCCCCCGAACAAAUCAAAGUGUUAACAACAGAACCAGAAACACACAAAGGGUCAAACACCAAACAAGAAUCAGUGAUAGAACAAGAACCACACGGAGAGACCGUUCCAGACACAGACCCAGAACAGGACAUAGAUUCAAACUUGCCAUCAAUAAGUAUCUCAGGUGAGGGUAAUAAAUUUGAGAAAGCUACUCCCUACAAAUCCAAUGAAAUCUCUUCACAGGAAGUAGAGCAGAUAGGUGAAAAAGAGUUAGAUGUGAGUUCUGAGCUCAAAGAGGAUGCUUCAAUAACAAGUAGAAAAGGGCAUCACUCAGAAACUGUGAAAGUAACAGAAGACAAAUCCUAUGAACCCAAGUACUCCCAAAUAGAAGGAAAGUCAUGGGCAGGGGAACUGUGGACUUGUAACUGGAAGAUGAAGUAUGCCAAAGACGAAGAGGAGGAACAGGCAAAUUUAAUCUGCAAAAACACCAAUUUCAAAAGUCUACAUCCAAUUAUCAGAAAUAUUCAGUCUUACAAGAACAUAAAAGGUAGGAGUGCCUUCAAUCGAGUUUCUUUCGAUUUGCUCCAAUUUGUGCAACUCCUGGAGACGUUUGUUGGUGAAGAUGCUCCCUUGAGUAUCAGUGAGAAUCUCAUCUCCUUCUUUAUGUUGAGCUAUGUUGAAACAGGAGAAGAGAAGAUGAGUGAUUUAGAAGGGGCUCAACGAAAGACUGCCAGAAUCAUACGGGAACUUCUUCUAGAAGCUCUCUUUCAGAAAUGGGAUAGUGAUGCCUCAGGCUUCCUGAAUCUGAAUGAAGUUGAUAACCUCUUGUAUACAUACAAAGAAGGAAUGGAAAAAGAAUCCAUGAAAAAGGCUAAACUACGCAUUGCAUUUCCAAAACCACACAAUGGGCAGGAAGUGAAGUUAUCUUCAAAACAGUUUCAGAAAUACUUAGAAUUGGUUGUAUCUGAGCUCAGGGGUAAUGAAGAUAUUGUUCUGGAAAACCUUGUGGAGUUUCUGAUGAAUUCUUUGCAAAAGACCCAUGUUGAAAAUCUCAGGAAUCAGAUCAGGAGAAAGUGGCUGCACCAAAUCCAACUUGCUGCUGAGACAAGUGGGGUAUCCCUGGAACCAGUUUACAAUCAAACCUUUAGGGCCCUCACCCAGGAUGCUGGAGCCCAUGGAAACAAGAUAAUCAGUGCCCAUAUUUCCCUCUUGGAAGAAAACAAACGACUGCCCGAUCGAGGGACUGUUCUAUUGAGGAAUGUGGCUUGUACUUUGGAUGAUGCACCGUUUGUCCUGAACAAAGUGCUCUAUAGGGAUAUGAAGGGUAUCAGCUUUACAGUUAUCGAUGAAGGAAAGCCAAUACAUGUCCCCCAAGUUCAGCACCAUGGAAACAUAAUGUUUUGGAACCAUUCCCGGAAGAUGAAUGAUUGUAACGGGUCCUUCCUGGCUCUCCCUCUCCAAGAUGCACAUCUAAGGAUCUUUGGGGUCAUGGCUAUUGACACCCUAAGAGAUCCUCAGAAAAUAAAUAUCUUUCUACAUCAUGAGAUUAAUUUCUAUCAGGGAGUUACCAAUAUCUUUAGUACUGCUUACCACUAUGUCCACAGCCGGGAGCACAUUCUGCAUGUUGUGAUCACUGGCAUCGGAUGGCUCUACAACAUCACAACCAACAUCACCUCCAUCACUACAUAUUUCGUUGAGCCCAGUCCAGAGAAAAAUGCAGACUAUGUGCUACGCAAUAUGAUGACAACAAGGAACGAAGGUCUAACAGAUAUCUACAAGAAUCCUCCUACCAUCUUCAGGAAGACAUGUAUCUUCAGAGAUUUCCUGUUUAAGUGUGCAGAUACUUCAGAAGUUAUUUUGACCUCUGCUUGUGGAGAGACCCACAUGGCAGUUCCACUACGUGAAAUAAGAGGAGAGGUUUUGGGAGUCUUGGAUUUUAACUUUGGCAAGAAAAAGAUGUUGUGCUAUCGAGAAUUUAAAGAUCUACAGAAAAUGGUGAAGGUGAUCCAAGCUGCCUGCAAUGAAAUACUGGGCGAAUUAUCUGGAGAGAUAAAGAAAAAGUAUAUCUUAGCCAUUGAGAGAAAUGGAGAAGUCCAAAGGGCAGGAAUUCUCUUCUUUCGCAUCAUGCUGCAAGAACUACAGGAAGGCCUCCAGACGGUCUCCUUCAUGGAUUUCUUGUCCCUGUUUCUCUCUCCUAUGUCCCAGGAGAUAGAAGCCCAUGCAAAGCUAGUCCAUAACAUCCUAAUGGCAAUUCUCCUGUUCUUUCAUCCUGAUUUGGACACAGAAAGUUGGGAAAAGUGUAAACUGCAUGUUGACAAAUAUUUAGUUGAGAAAAUUUGUGUCUUUGAUCCAACUGCUGAGUAUCAGAAAGUUAAUUUACAGCUCAUUGAUGAAUAUAUCAGAGGUCAUUCUCGAUCGGAAGUCUGGGAGUUUAACAAUAUUAUCACUGAGUACCUCUACCACUGGAUACAUAUCUGUUUAGCUCUCAUGGUGCUAAGUGAAAAGUUAAAUGAUGCUAUUGUACCCCCAUUGCCCUCCAAGGCUGACUCCUCUAUGUAUGCCAAAAUGCCAGGAAUAUGCUGGAUACAGAGAGCAGGGAAUAAGGAACCUGAUGACACCAGUGUGAUCUCUGACAUCAGUAAGAUCUCUAUCACCAGUGAGAUGUCUGACCUCAAUUGGAAGCCUAAUACCUCACAUGAGUCCCUGAACCUGGAGCGAUUCUGA